CAUGUUGGCAACUGUCUCGGGUUUUAGGGGCGCGGGCAGGCACCUUCGGUAAUUUCCCCCAAACAGUUGACAAAUGACAGUGCACGAAAGUAGGUGCUAAAAAAGAAAAAAUGAAAAUUUAUCCCAAUUAAUGAAAAAACUGCGAGGAAAAAUGUCGAUUUAUUGGUGUUUUUAAUGAGUGCGGUGCUUAUUAAGGCGAAACUAUGUCUACCCGGUCUCAGCUUACCAAGGAUUUGAACGAGAGUAUUAAAUCCUCGGUGGGCAACAAGGUGAAGAUUUUAUUUAAAAAUGUGGUCAGACUGGAAACUAAGGGCGACAAGACCGAAAAUAGGGUUCUGGUUUUUUCGCCAUGCAGAAUCUUGCUGCUUACCGCCAAAGUACCUACCAAGAUCGACAACCAUUUCCACUACCUGGAAAUCCAGGCGCUGGAAAGCAAACGGGGGAACCACCUGAGCUUGACCAUCAACGACAAGGUCUACUCAUUCCUGACGGGCGAGGACUCCUCCAACAGUACCGAGGUGGACAACAUGAUCGGGGCGUUAAAUAACGCCGUGCGGAACAUUUUUCCCACGGUACCUCUGCAGCACAUCAUUAAAAAAAUCGAAGUCAUUCCGAGCACCAGGUUACAGCAAUUACGCGAUUUGGAGGCGAUAGCGAGCAGCAGGAGGGAGGUGGGGCCCUGCGGCGGGUUUUCCACCCAAUACGCCUGCUACUGCGAUUACCACGGCAUGACUUACCGCGAGGAAGUCGCCUGGGACGUGGACAACAUUUAUUUCUCCCUCAAUACGCGCGAGUUGAACUUGAAGGACUUCGAGUAUCUGGAUCAGAAGGACCUGAUACCGAUAAUAAACGCCCUCGAAUACAACACGUGGUUCAGCAAACUGAGGGCGAACCAGGUGAGGUUGUCCCACGACAAUUUGGACAAGAUCCUGCACGUGUUGCGGAAAAGUUUGAACCUGGAGGAGCUCUAUUUGGACAAUUUGGGCCUGAAGGGGGAUUUCGUUAAUAAACUGUCGAAUACGCUCAAGUUGAAUCCGGUUUCGGCCUUGCAUACUUUGGAUUUGAGUCAUAACCCCAUCGAGGAUAAGGGGGCGAGUUACUUGAGCCAGUGCAUCGGUCGUCUGCCCAAAGGGCUGGUGCACAUAAACGUAUCCCAUUGCGGGUUCAGUUCCAAAGGCGUGAAUCACGUGUUUGCCGCCCUCUGCGCGAACCCCGCCAACUUUAACACCCUCGCGUACCUCAAUUUGAGCGGGAACAGUCUCAAGGACGACGUCACGCAUUUAAUUAAUUUUUUUUCGCAAUCGAACGCGUUACAGCACAUCGAUAUAUCCUCGACGGACGUCGUAUUGGAAAACCUUUUUGGGGCUUUGGUGAAGGGCUGCACCACGAACCUGGUGCACCUGAACGUCUCCCGGAACCCUUUUAGCACCAAGAAGAACAAAGAGGCCCCGGUGUCCUUUAAGCAGUUCUUUAGCAGCACCUUGAACUUGAAAUAUUUGAAUAUUUCGCAUAUUGUUAAGUGGCCCCAGGAGGCUCUCAAGAACUUACUGCUAGGGUUAGCGUGUAACGAAUUUACCAAAGAAAUGACUUUAGACUUAAGUAAUAACGGAUUGGGGAGUCACGGGGCGCACGUGUUGGAGUCCUGCGUCCACGGGGUCCGGUGCAUUUCUAGUCUGGAUAUUUCCGAUAAUAAUAUGGACUCCGACUUGUGCAAUGUAAUCUUAGCAAUAAGCAAAAAUAAAUCCCUAAAACACUUAAAUAUGGGGCGCAGUAUGAAGAAACAUUUGUCCCUGAUAAUGGACUCGGUGGUGCAAGUGAUCCAGGACGACGAGUGUAUCCUGCAAAGUCUCAUAAUUCCCGAUUGCCGUUUAAGGGGCGAUUUGUACAAUUUACUGAACGCAUUGGGGGACAAUAAAUCGUUGGAAAUGUUGGACAUAAGCGGAAAUCUCAUCGGGGAUUCCGGGGCGAGACUGUUGGCCAAAGCGUUACAAAUCAACGGAAAACUGAAAACGAUCGUGCUGGAUCGCAAUAAUAUCAGUUUGCAGGGGUACCACGAUAUCGCGUACGCUUUGGAGAGCAACAGGACCCUACAGUACAUUCCGUUUCCGAUUUUCGACGUGGCGCCUUGCAUGAAAGCGUCCGCGGAACGAACCGAUCUGGUGAUGAGGAAAAUUCAGGAUUUGCUGAACAGGAACGUGUCGUUUAAGCAGCAUUCGACGAAGCAUUUGUCCUUGCAGCCCGGAUUUUUGCUUAGUUCCAAGCAGCAAGCGUUAGAAAGACUGGUAACGCAAACCGAAGAGGCGAUAAAAGUUUCCUUCGGCAGCGACUCUAACGACAUCAACCAGGCCGUUGACGUGAUUCGCGACGCGGAAAACUGCAAACAGUUGCUGAUUCGGCUGCAGGAGGUCGCGCAGCACCGUAACGACAAACAUCCGGUCGAAGAACGGCUGCAACAAGUCUCCGGUGAUAUUUACAAUAGCGUUUGUGAUAGUAUACAAGUGAUGAUCGAGAAAAUGUUGAAAACGUGUAGGGAACAGUGUCCGUACGUCUUAAGGGACGACCAGGUGGUGCAGGAUAUUAAGAAAGAGUGCAAGAAAAAGAAGCAGAUCCCGUUGGAUUUUGUGCAGAGUUGCGUGAGGCACCAAGCCGGUGUAGAUAUUAUGAAUAGACUGAGGGAAUUAAACUUGGUGAUGGCCUCAGAAUUGAGCGAGCAAGUAACAGACGAGGUCUACGAGGCUUUAAUGCAAAGUUACAAGAUCCUGGUGGGCGAUGAGAGCGCGAUUCGCAUCGACUCGCCCCCCCGCAGGUCCAGGUUGAGUAGUACUGACAGUUCGAGACAUGGGGCGAGUGACAUGUCUAUUACGGACAGUACCAGUCACAUUAGCGAUCAUUCCCCGAUGAUGUUGGAAUAUUUGAACUUAGCCACCCCGCACUUGUCCAUAAAACGCCGUAGCGUCCACACGAGAAAACUACGUCCGAAAUCGGUGGUGGACAGCGUCGAGGGUCUUUCCGCGGACGACAUUCCCAGUCUUUUACCCAAUUUACCUGGGAAAGGGGAAGAGGAGGACUCUGUUACUGAACUCCCGAACGCCGGACAACAGCUGCAGCAUUUAGUCAAGGGCAUUUUCUUGAAUAAAGGGCGUCCCAGGAGGGCAAAAACGCGCGCCCCCACCAGACCCGUGGUAAAGCCUCCCGACGCGCCCGAUUCGGUCUCGCAGGAUUUAAUCGAGGGUCUGGACACGUUUUUCCGUCCUGGCUCGGUCACCCCCACCUCGGACGAGUGUCACUCGUUCCAGCUAGAUGGCAGUCCCAAUCACGAGUUUCACUCACCAUGUCUGAGCGAAGAUCGGAAAACGCCGAAACCGAACCGGAACUCUCCGUUAUUCCGAAGUUUGGCCACCCCGACGCCCCGAUCUCGCUCCAUCGACAAUUUGGAAAAGUGUUCGCCGGGAUUGGCGCGAAAAACCGCCGCGGAAUCGCCCCUCGGACGUCGUAUGACCGGUGACAGUUUGGUGAGUCAACAGAGCAGCGAGGGUAGUCUGACCACCGAGUCCACCUACGACCACUCGCCCUCCAGUCUAAAAGAGGAGGCCACCGAUCCGAUAAAGCACUUUAAACUGAAACCGACUCAGAAACCGAGACCGUGGUCGAUGGUCACGAACACGGAACAGCAAAAAUCGGAUCUGAGUCUUCUGAGCGACGGCUCGAGUCCGAACAAUUCGACGGGGAACACCCCGGACUCGGCCGCCGACGCCCCGGACAGUUCCGAGUCGAGUUCGAUCGAUCGGAAAUUGAAAAAAGUCGGUGUUUUGAUGAACGGGUAUAGAAGCGAGUUCGACUUUCUCGAUCGAUACAAGCAGAUAACCCGCAGUAAGUCGACCCACGAGAGAACCGCCGCCGCCGUGGGAGGUACCGCCGACCGGCGGCAGAACAAUUUCGGUGGGGCGCAUGUUAUUAGAUAGCGAGUUUACGGUUUUUUAAUUUUAUUUUUGGUUGAACGUACGUCUUAGCUCGAUACUGUAGGUUAAACUUAUUAAAAUUAAACAUAAAAGAGAAAAACGCCAAUUUAUAAUAUCGCGAGUUUAAUAGUAACACGUGUUUCCAUCGGCUUAAGGCAUCAUCAGACAUUAAAAGGCAGGAUUACGUCCAGGGGGUUGCGAAGGGAGUGCGAGUAUUUCUGUCCUUCUUCCAAACAGUUGAAUAGUUUUUCUGUCUCUGUUCCUCCAUUUUGAAUCUCACUCUCUCUUUUACAGAGUUAAAGAGUCAUUCUGUCUUUCUUCCAGGCAGUUGAGGAGUGUUUCUGUCUCUGUUCCUCUGUCUUAAAUCUCACUGUCUAUUUUCUACAGAGUUAAAGAGUCAUUCUGUCUUUCUUCCAGGCAGUUGAGGAGUGUUUCUGUCUCUGUUCCUCUGUCUUAAAACUCACUGUCUCUCUUCUACAGAGUUAAAGAGUCAUUCUGUCUUUCUUCCAGGCAGUUGAGGAGUCUUUCUGUCUCUGUUCCUCUGUCUUGAAUCCCACUGUCUCUCUUCUACAGAGUUAAAGAGUCAUUCUGUCUUUCUUCCAGGCAGUUGAGGAGUCUUUCUGUCUCUUUUCCAGGCAAUUAUUGUCUGACCCUUAGCAGCCUACAAGAAGGACAAACAGACUGUUCAACUGUCUAGAAGAAAGAUAGAACGACUCUUAAACCGUACAAAAAAAAAGGAUGAAAUGAUACUAUUUGAUAAUUCGAAAGUAAGACAGAAAUACUCUUCAACUGUACAGAAAAGAGACAAAAUGACUCCUUUGCUGCUUGGGAGAAAGACAGACAGACUCUUUGACUUAUUAGAAGUAAGACAGACUGUUUGACAGCCUGGAAGAAAGAUAAAAAUACUCUUCAACUAUGCAGAAAAGGGACAAAAUGACUGUUUGACAGCCUGGAAGAAAGAUAGAAUGAUCCUUUAACUGUGCAGAAAAGAGACAAAAUUUCUCCUUUGCUGCUUGGGAGAAAGACAGACAGACUCUUUGACUUCUUGGAAGUAAGACAGAAUGACUCUUCAACUGUCUAGGAAAAGGACAAAAUAACUCAUUGACAGCCUGGAAGAAAGAUAGAAUGAUUCUUUAACCGUGCAGAAAAAAGACGAAGUAACUCUUUCAUUAAUUGAAAGAAAGACAAAAUGAUUCUUUGACAACGUAGACGAAGGACAUAAUGGCUCUUCAACUGUGCAGAAAAGAGACAAAAUGACACUUCAACUGUGCGGAAAAAAGACAAUAUGACUGUUUGACAGCUUGGAAGAAAGAUAGAAUGAUCCUUUAACUGUGCAGAAAAAAGACAAAGUAACUCUUUCAUUUCUUGAAAGAAAGACAAAAUGAUUCUUUGACAACGUAGACGAAGGACAUAAUGACUCUUCAACUGUACAGAAAAGAGACAAAAUUUCUCCUUUGCUACUUAGGAGAAAGACAGACAGACUCUUUGACUUCUUGGAAGUAAGACAGAAUGACUCUUGAACUGUCCAGGAAAAGGACAAAAUGGCUCAUUGACAUCCUGGAAGAAAGAUAGAAUGAUCCUUUAACUGGGUAGAAAAGAGACAAAAUUUCUCCUUCGCUGCUUUGGAAAAAGACAGACAGAGUCAUUGACAGCCUGGAAGAAAGAUAGAAUGAUCUUUUAACUGUGCAGAAAAAAGACAAAGUAACUCUCUCAUUACUUGAAAGAAAGACAAAAUGAUUCUCUGACAACGUAGACGAAGGACAUAAUGACUCUUCAACUGUGCAGAAAAGAGACAAAAUGACUCCUUUGCUGCUUGGGAGAAAGACAGACAGACUCUUUGACUUCUUAGAAGUAAGACAGAAUGACUCUUUGACAGCCUGGAAGAAAGAUAGAAUGAUCCUUUAACUGUGCAGAAAUAAGACAAAGUAACUCUUUCAUUACUUGAAAGAAAGACAAAAUGAUUGUUUGACAACGUAGACGAAGGACAUAAUGACUCUUCAACUGUGCAGAAAAGAGACAAAAUUACUCCUUACCUGCUUG